AUGGAGUACUUGACCAGAAGCUUGCAAUCUGAAGCCAGGUCCCCUUAUUUUCGGUUUCACCCGAUGUGUAAGGGCUUGAAGUUGAUAAAUCUGUGUUUCGCUGAUGAUGUUAUCUUAUUUUGUAAGGGAUCUGUUGCUGCUAUUUCUGUUCUGAAAGACUCUUUAAAGAAGUUUAGUGAAGCUUCUGGUUUGUCUAUCAAUUCCAAGAAAUCCCAGGUGUAUUUUGGAGGAGUUGCAGCAGGAGUUAGGACUGAGAUUUUACAGGUGUUGAAUCUUUCAGCUGGGUCUUUCCCUUUGCACUAUCUUGGAGUGCCUUUGAGGCCUACUAAAUGGAAGCACACAGACUGUCGUUUACUGCUUAUUCAAACUGUUCUUUCUGGUCUGAGGAAUUAUUGGAUGUCUGUUUUCACGUUACCUCAAAGUAUCAUUAAAGAAGUUGAGAAGUUGUGUUGGCAGUUUCUUUGGGGGGCCUUAGGAACUCGCUGUAAGUUUCAUUUGGCUUCGUGGAACCAAGUUUGCUUGCCUAAGGCCUAUGGUGGUCUUGGUACUAGGGAUGGUACCAGCUGGAAUAGGGCUCUUCUUGCCAGGUAUAUAUGGGCUGUAUCGACUAAACAGGACUCGCUUUGGGUAAAAUGGAUUCAGCAUGUCUAUCUAAAGGGGGUGAACUUCUGGGAUUAUGCUUUGAAGCAUGAUAGUAAUUGGUAUUGGCGUAAGCUAUGCCAUCUCAGGAACCGGUUUAGUGAAAGAGAAAUUCUGGCUGCUGAGACAACUUGGCCAAGUGUACCAUUCCCAUUGACAGCCUUCUAUGCCUUGUCUGUGAAGAUCAACGGGAGAGUCACAGCCAUCUCUUCUUCGACUGCUACCUGUCAAAGAAGGUUCUGCAUUGCAUUUUCUCAUGGCUGGGUUUUCGUGCGUGGGCUUCCAGUUCUCGGCCUGGACCGUGGGUCUCAACCUCAGCCGGAAAAACAGAAUGAGCAUGACCAUAAAUAUGAUUCUUGCAGCUGUUGUUUAUCAAAUCUGGAGGAAUAG